CCCCACCCAAUGAGGAAGGACAACCCUUAUGAGGAAAAGAGACAGGGAGGAAAGAGGCGUAGUAAACAAGGCAGAUAACUGAAAAAUAACGAAUCUAAUAUAGCGAAGUGCGCACAAAGCAGUUCUUUAGCAAAAAUUCAUUAUAUGCACGAUAUUUUCCGUUAGAUAUUCGUUCAGUACUGUGUUGUCACUGCAAGUUAGCUAGCCUAGCUAGACACUGUAGCGCUAGCUAUACGACUUGUAACGUUAGCUAACGUUAGCUAACUGGCUAGCAAGCUUCAGAUCCCAGUAAACAGUGCCAUCAAAACGCUCAAGAUGAUCGCGUUGAUCAAUAAGCUCCUUGACUGGUUCAAAGCACUGUUUUGGAAGGAGGAGAUGGAGUUGACAUUGGUGGGACUCCAGUAUUCGGGCAAGACAACGUUCGUAAACGUGAUUGCGUCAGGCCAGUUCAGCGAAGACAUGAUUCCCACAGUGGGCUUCAACAUGAGGAAAAUCACCAAGGGAAAUGUCACCAUAAAGUUGUGGGAUAUCGGCGGUCAGCCUCGAUUCAGGAGUAUGUGGGAGCGAUACUGCAGAGGAGUCAGUGCCAUUGUGUACAUGGUUGAUGCAGCAGACCCAGAAAAGAUUGAGGCCUCAAAGAAUGAACUCCACAACUUGCUGGACAAGCCACAGCUCCAGGGUAUUCCUGUUCUUGUUUUGGGGAACAAGAGGGAUCUUCCUGGGGCGCUGGAUGAGAAAGAGCUGAUUGAGAGGAUGAACCUGUCGGCCAUCCAGGACAGAGAGAUCUGCUGUUAUUCCAUCUCCUGCAAGGAAAAGGACAACAUUGAUAUCACACUACAGUGGCUGAUCCAGCACUCCAGAACCAAGCGGAGCACUUCAUGAGAACCAUAUCUCACCGACUCAGCCCUGAGACCGCCCUACUGGCCUGCUCCCGCCCUCUGUCCUCCUCGGCUUGUCCAAUACCCCCCUUUUUUUCUUUGGAUUGCCCUCUCUCGCCAAUAAUCCCUCGCCUGAUUCCAGUCUCCUGAAGAGAGCCUGGAAACCUUUUACUUGCACUGUUCAUUUUCUUUUUGUAAUAUAAUACUUCUUGUGACAUAUGACCUCUGAUGGAUAAAGUGGUACUUAGUUGCCCUGAAACGAA